AUGGUCUUCUGUCUGGAGAACAAGGAGCCGCGCUGCUCCCGGCGAGGCGCCAUGGUCCACCUCCAGGCCUCGGAAGUCCAACAGCUGCUACACAACAAGUUCGUGGUCAUCUUGGGGGACUCAAUCCAGCGAGCUGUGUACAAGGACCUGGUGCUCCUGCUCCAGAAAGACUCACUGCUCACAGCCGCUCAGCUGAAAGCCAAGGGGGAACUGAGCUUUGAACAGGACCAGCUGGUGGCUGGGGGUCAGCUGGGCGAGCUGCACAACGGGACACAGUACCGAGAGGUCCGCCAGUUCUGCUCGGGUUCUGGCCACCACCUUGUGCGCUUCUACUUCCUCACCCGCGUCUACUCCGAGUACCUGGAGGACGUCCUGGAGGAGCUGACGUAUGGGCCUGCUCCGGACCUGGUGAUCAUCAACUCCUGCCUCUGGGAUCUGUCCAGGUAUGGCCGCUUCUCAAUGGAGACUUAUCGAGAGAACCUGGAGCGGGUGUUCAUGCGCAUGGACCAGGUGCUGCCAGACUCCUGCCUGCUGGUGUGGAAUAUGGCAAUGCCCCUGGGAGAGCGUGUCACUGGGGGCUUCCUUCUGCCUGAGCUCCAACCCCUGGCGGCGUCUCUGCGGAGGGAUGUGGUUGAAGGGAACUUCUACAGUGCUACGCUGGCCGGGGACCACUUCUUCGACGUCCUGGACCUCCACUUUCAUUUCCGGCAUGCAGUGCGGCACCGGCACCGGGACGGUGUCCACUGGGACCAGCAUGCCCACCGACAUCUCUCACACUUGCUUCUGGCCCACGUGGCUGACGCCUGGGGUGUGGAGCUGCCCAAGCGUGACUACUCCCCUGACCCAUGGAUUGAGGACUGGCCAGAGCCGGAUCAUCUGUUCCAGGGGAGCCAGGGGCAGCCCCCAGACUUUGGGGAGCAGCUGGCCUUGCCCCCACCUUCUCCCUUGCCCCUUCCCAUGCCUUUUCUCUACCCCCUUCCUCAGUCCUCCCCACCUCCCUUGUUCCCACCCCUGCCCCAGGAUGCCCCUUUUUCCCCAUGCCAGCCCUUCCCACCCCAUGAAUUCUUCAAUUAUAAUACAACGGAAGGCUGCUCAGUGCCACCCAAUUUAGGAUGUGGCCCUGGAGUGAAUGUUGUGCCCGGUCCGCUGCCACCUCCAGUUUCUGGCCCUGUCCACCAUGGUCAGCACCGGGGCCCAGUGGUCCACCGGGGAAUGCCGCGCUGUGCUCCCAGCAGCCCCUACCAUGUGCCGAGGAUGGGGGGACCCUGCAGGCAGCGGCUCAGACACUCAGACAGACUGAUCCACACGUACAAACUGGACCGGCGGCCUCCUGCACAUUCAGGGACGUGGCCUGGGUAG